AUGCGGCUUUUCAAGGAUAUACUUCAUCCGGAUUUUGACGAUACGUGUGUGGCCGAUCAACAACUCGACGAGGGUUACGAUGGAAUCCUCAAGAUCUUACUUAUGGCUAUAUGCCCUCACCUGAGUAGUGUGAAAUACAUUCUGCGCGACGAGGGCACCAGAGAUGACAGCCUCAAAUGGCUCACUUCGCUCAUCGAAAUGAGCCACCUUACCGGAUCCUGGGCACCAGGGCUACGCGCUCUUCGUGAGGUCUCCAUCGGAGUGCGCUCCGGAACUUGGCUAGACUACGACCGUAAGGUCAAUCAUCGCCCUGAUCUCCUAGCAAGUGUACUUAGGCUCCCCAGCAUCGAUACCGUCUACUUCCACGGCGUCUACGAUCGGGAUGGCGAUCGUAUCAAUGACUUAGCCCGCGGCCUGACACGCGGCUGCUCAAGCGUACAGCACCUGUUUAUCGACGGCGGAGAGUUUUUGAGUCCAGGGUUCUGCUCAGCCCUCCUCAACGCCCCUCGCUCCCUCAAAACCCUCCGCCUCCGCGGCAACGUUGGAGGUGAUCAGGACUGCUGGCACGAGAUCGACAGAUUCCUGCUCAAUGCACGCAACGCCCAGGCUGGAUCUCUUGAGAGUAUCAUGCUCUACGGAGCGUGGGGGAUGGAAACUGCUCGCAAAUCCGGCUGUGACCUCUACGAUAUGUACACGAUACCAGACCUAUGGCAAACGCCCACCGAAGCAGCGCUAGAGUGGAUUAUCUCCCGCCUCCCCGCGUCGAUGGAGGUUCUCUUCUUAGGUAAAUCGGCGGAGCAAAGUGACACAGAAAAGACAAAGGAUCUCCUCAUCGGCCUUCUCAAGUCGGACAGGUUCCCAAACUUCAAGGCACUAUUCAUUGAGGAUGACGUGGUCCGACGAAAUCGGUGCGGCCGGGCGCGUUGCUCCAACCACGAGCCGCCCAACAAUCUUUACUUCCAGCGCCUCAUAGCCGUGGGCGAGAAGCACGGGGUCGACGUGGAUUGUACGGCUAGCGGGCCCAGGAAGAGGAUUCACAGCGACGAGAAUAUCGGGUUCCCUGCUGGCCCGGAUUACGCGGCCGCGCUGAAGUCUUUGCCCUUGGACUCCUCGAUCCAUGGUUCCGGCGCGCGAGAGUUCAAUGUGUUUGCGGGCGAGUGGCAGCUUAAGGGGUGCGGUAACUGUGGCGAAUGCGAGAAGUGUUUCCAGGCGUACUCUGAGGAGAGUUGGAAGGCGAGAGGGAAAGGAAUCGAGACAUGA